AGAGGUGAGUGGGGAUAUUGAGCGCCUGAGUAUGAUCACUCCAUACCUGAGUACAAAGUACAAGACAGCAGAGGCUGUGGAUUUGGUCGCUUAACUUGUGUGUUGGAGCGCUGCGUGGUUUUGAAAGGCGUUCGUGUAUGUGAAGUGUCGGGAAGCGGAUGAGAUUUGCUUCUCACACAUUGUCCAUCUUGAAGACGUUCAUCUGUCAGAGACCAGCAGCUGCUGCACAAAGACGAGGCUUGAGCGGAGCAGCGAUGCGGCUGGUUCAGUUCUGUCGCCAUGGGGAUGGAGGAGACAUCCGAGUGGGGGUGGAGGAGGGCGAGGGGCUCAGUGUAGUGGACCUGAAGGCCUUUGACCCCUCCAUGCCAUCUACCAUGAGAGAGCUGCUGGAGAUGGGGGACAAAGGACUAGAGUGUGCACAGAGAGCAUUAGCAUCAGGUCAGUGCGUGGUGAAUCGAGAACACGUUCAGCUGCUGUCACCCGUUUUGGGCCCAGAGAAGGUGGUAUGUGUGGGUAUGAACUAUCGGGACCACUGUACGGAGCAGAACGCCCCCAUUCCCACAGAACCCAUCAUCUUUAGCAAGUUCCCCAGCGCCAUCACUGGGCCGUAUGACGACAUCAUUCUGCCCUCAGAGAGCCAGGAAGUGGACUGGGAAGUGGAGCUGGCUUUUGUGAUUGGACGCAAAGGAAAGCACAUCAAGGUGGAAGACGCUCUCUCCUAUGUAGCCGGGUUCACUGUGGCCAACGACGUCAGCGCCCGUGACUGGCAGAUGAAACGCAAUGGGAAGCAGUGGCUGCUGGGAAAAACGUUUGACAGCUUCUGUCCUCUCGGCCCAGCCCUGGUGACCUCGGACGCUGUGAAAGAUCCUCAUAACUUGGGUAUCCGCUGUCUGGUCAAUGGAGAUGUCGUCCAAAGCAGCUGCACUGAUCAGAUGAUCUUCAAGACAGCAGAGCUGGUUUCAUGGGUUUCAAAGUUUGUGACGCUAACUCCAGGAGACGUGUUCCUGACAGGCACCCCUCCAGGUGUGGGCGUGUUCAGGAAACCGCCCGUCUUUCUUAAGAAAGGAGACGUGGUGGAGUGCCAGAUAGACCAGUUAGGCUCCAUAAUCAACAGAGUCAUCUGAACCUCCAGGAAUGCCAGCAGUUCAGUUAGAUGCCACCUUUGAUCAGACAGAGCCCCUGUUCAAUCACCAGCAGCUAACUUUAGCACCGCGUCCCUGAUGAGUGUUUAUUCUGGACACUUCAACAAAAGCGAGGAUUGAAAAUGCAUUGGGUUUUUUUUUUACUACAUGGAAGUCUGCAAUUAUGUGACUCAACAUAAUGAAUCACUGUGAUCAGCGGUUGUAAAAGUGUCCAUCCGCUGCCUCCUACUCGCUAUACAGCAGAACCCGUGAACCUCUUGACUUAUUUUAACGGGUAAAAAUAAAAGCUCUGAUGUUUUGAACCAAUCAGAACCAUGAAGCUGGUUUGUUCUGUUAUUUAGGUGAAAGCAGCAACUUUCUGAGGUAUGGGGUUUGCAUAUGAGAGACAAGUUGGAAUAAAUCCGGAAAUUUCAUAAAUAA